AUGAAGGCACAAACUGAAGCCGCUGCAGAUGUUUUCGAACAAGCAGCAACCAAUUGGAAAAAAGCCAAUCAAAAAAUACACAAAUUACAAACUAUGAUGACUGAUGGAAAUCCCAUAUUUAAAAAGCGUAUUCCAAUUCGUAAAUCACAUAAUCAUUAUGAAUCAAAAGAAUCAUCUGGCUCAAGCGAAGAAUUAUCAUCCUCAUCCGGAGAAGAAUUAGAAUCCGAAAAUCCAUCCAAGUCAAGGAAUCAGCUAAACGAGAGCUUUAAUGAAAUGAAACACUUUUCACCUUCAAAUAAUAAUAAUGUUGUUAUGAAUCAAAAAAGAAUCGGAGUAAAUAAUCUUCAUAAGAAAUCAAAAAAACCAAAAUAUAACGAUGACACAUUUGUAAAGACAGCAAAGCAAAUCGUCGCGAAAUCAGAGACAGAAAUUUUCGAGUCAUUACCUGAACUUAAGAGUAAAAAAGUGCCAAAAAACGUCUAUCUGUAUUUUGUAUCUCAACGUUUUGCAGACGUCAAAGCUGAAUUUCCGAAUCUUCAAAUGACAGAUGUUAAUGGGAAAAUAGCUGAAAUGUGGAAAACUUUACCAGCAGAAGAGAAAGAGAGCUUUCGGGCCGAGUUCCACGCACAGCAACAAAAAUAUGGUAAUGGAGGAACACCUUCAAAAGAAAUAACAUCAUCAUCAAAGACACAUAUAUCAUCUCCUGAAUCCUCCAAAUUAAUCUCUGCAUCGUUAAAGUCAUCGAUUGAUUCACCGAAACUUUUGUCGACGGCAGCCCAAAAAAAAAUUGAAUCAAAUUCUCAAAAUUUUUUAUUCGAUUCUUCUAUUGCAUCAUCAUCAAAUUCUUUUGUUUCGACACCACAAAAGCCUUAUAUUGGAAAUCAACUAAUCAAAGAUACGGAAAUUAAGGAAUAUACGCCACAGCAUAAUGAAUCUGACGACGAUAAAGGAACUCAUAGAGAAUCUCCAUAUCAAAGAUCAAUAUCUACCUCUACUUUCAAUAAUGUUCUUGUUGCUAGUCAAAAUGAAGAAGUACCAUGGAUUUUACCAAUUGUUGGAACACCCACAUCAUUUGGUUUGAGUCCAUAUCGUAAGCGAAAAAUUCGAAAAAGCAGUUUCAGCGAUUACGAUAAUUAA